GCACUGCGGCAGCAGAGCGCUGCACAAUCGACCUCCGCCUCCCCAAUCCAUCCCGUCUCGUCGCCCGCCGCCGUCGACGACUCCCGUCUCCUCCGCCUGCCGCCGGCGCCGAUCUCCAUCCUGCUAGCAGAGGUGGCGCCGGCGUUCUCCUGCUCCCGCCGCAUCAUCGCUCACCGGUGAGCAUCCUAAUCCAUCCCGUCCGGCCUCGAAUUUCGGUCUCCUCGCCCGCCGCUUGUGCCGAACCACCCCAAUCCGGCGAGCAGAGGUCGGCGCCCGUGGUCCUCCUGCAGUCCUGCUUCCGCCGCAUCGUCGCUCGCCUGUGAGCAUCCUUCAUAAGGUAUUUUGUGUUUUUCUCGAGACAUCGAACCAGCCUCGUCGUCGCCGGCGACCGCCGCCGAGGAUGCCGGUGAGGGUGGUAGACACCGCAACCCCUUCCUCCCAGCCCUCAUCAGGUCAAGAUGCAAAUGCUGGGCAUCCGUCUCCUCCUAGCUGUUCCCUCUUAAGUGCUGGAAGAUGUUAUGCUGGAACCCAGAAUGUCUCUAAUAUACAAAAAGAAGAAGCUUGGAAAGUUAAUGUGCGGAUCCAUGGCUGUGAUCUUGAACAGGGUUAUUUAUGUGGAACAAUGGAAGCACUUAAUGUUCCCUUAGCUGAUACCCCUGUGGUAACGUUCUGGGAGGGGGAGAUAGUGGAUGCUAAAAAUUAUACAUUUUUCACUGGCAAGUGGGAAGCAUCCCCAGAGGAUGAUAUUAGACACUGGUCCAAGUUCCCAUCAUUUACGCCUCUUCUGAGUCAGAUUGAGACAGAUGGUGGCAAGUCCGUGGACCUCAGCAACUAUGCUUACAUAUUCAUGAGAUGGAAAGAGCAGUACUUUGUCAAUGUUGGAGUGGACUGUGGGUUGACCAUAGCUGGUUUCUACUAUGUCUGCUUUUCAUGUAGCGACGGUUCCAUUAGCGGGUAUUAUUAUGAUCCAAACAGCAGUCCGUUUCAGAAGCUUGAACUGAAGUGUACCAAUGAGAAAGAUUCUGGAUUUACCUUUUCGUCCUACGAGCUGCAGUGAGAGACUGACAGGCCUGCUGUCAUUAUAGUAUGUGCGGAUGUUAAUAUACACAAUGUAUGUACUGAACUCAUAAUUCUGAAUGGUGUCCCAUUAAAAGGGCUGAGAUGGCAUGUUUGUAACAGUGAUUUGGAGCAAGAUGUAUUUUAUUUUCUUUGUAAUAUGAAUAUAAGCUGGUAAACUUUCUAGUUUGAACUACUUGUGUGUUCUUUUUGUGCUAAUCAUGGCAUGGUUAUGUCCAAAAUAAAUAAGACAAGAAUGUGAGGGCUAGUUGCUCGUUCAAAGAAAUAUAUACUUCUUUCCAGAGUAA